CAGAAACAGCUCGGCAACCACCUCGGUAGCUUGCUAGCCAACAUAGCCGAAAGAUUCCAGCUAUUUAUACGCUUUCGGUGUAUAUUAGCUACUGUGUUUUAGACACACUUCUGUCGUAUCUAAUUGUUAACCUAUUUAAUUUAAUAUUACGUUAUUUUGUAUUAGUCAGCUAUAGUAUUUUUCUGGUUAAGUUAGCACUAGUCUAGUAGCUAAUGAUAGCUAGCUAGCUAACAUCCCCGACCAUGAUCUCACUAAACUACUCUCCUUUUGUUAAAGAAGAGGCGGUCUGCUGGACGGAGAAAGAACCUCUGGGGCUGAACAUUGUCGUGAAAGACGAGAAGAUAGAGGAGGAUGUCACAGUAAAACAAGAAGUCGAGAGUGAGGCUGUUACAGUGAAAGAAGAAGAGAAAGACGUUUCAGUGAAAGAAGAGGAAGAUGCGUUCAGAGUGAAAGAGGAAGAUGUUAUAGUAAAAGAAGAGGAGGGAGAGAAAGAUGAGGAUUAUACCGUAAAAGAAGAGGAGAAAGAGGAGGAUGUAGUUUUUGGAGUUAAGGAGGAAGGGGAGAUGACUGUCACAUUGAAAGAUGAAGAGGAGGAGAUAGGAGAUUUGAUUAACACUAGAGAGAGACGGGACUACCGUGGAUCCUCUGGGGAGCCUCAACAACCUCAUGAUGCUGACAAGGCAGAGAAGAGUCUCUCCACAUUAGAACACCUCAAGAAACACCAGCAGAGACCCACAGGGAAGAGAACUCACUGCUGCUCUGACUGUGGGAAGAGUUACUCAAGAUAUGAUUCACUAAAACUACACCAGAGAAUUCACACAUGUGAUAAAUCUCACUGCUGCUCUGAUUGUGGGAAAUGUUGCAAAUCUUCAUCAGAACUUAAAAUACACCUGAGAAAUCACACGGGAGAGAAACCUUACUGCUGCUCUGAUUGUGGGAAGAGUUUUACUCUGUCAACCAGCCUGAUAUCACACCAGAGAACACACACAGGAGAGAAGUCUUAUAGCUGUACUCAAUGUGGGAAGAGUUUUGUUCAAUCUGGCGAUCUGACAGUACACCAGAGAAUACACACAGGAGAUAAACCUUAUAGCUGUUAUCAGUGUGGGAAGAGUUGUACUAAAUCUAGCAAUCUGAUUGUUCAUCAAAGAACACACACAGGAGAGAAACCUUAUAGCUGUAAUCAAUGUGGGAAGAGUUUUGUUUCAUCUAGUGUUCUGACAGUACACCAGAGAACACACACAGGAGAGAAAUCUUUUAGCUGUACUCAAUGUGGGAAGAGUUUUGUUCAAUCUGGUGACCUGACAGUGCACCAGAGAACACACACAGGACAUAAACCUUUUAGCUGUACUCAAUGUGGGAAGAGUUUUGUUCAAUCUGGCGAUCUGAUAGUACACCAGAGAACACACACAGGAGAGAAACCUUACAGCUGUGAUCAAUGUGGGAAAAGUUUUACUAAAUCUAGCAGUCUGAUUGUUCACCAAAGAACACACACAGGAGAGAAACCUUAUAGCUGUAAUCAAUGUGGGAAAAGGUUUCCUCAGCUAAGCAACCUGAUAUCACACCAGAGAACACACACAGGAGAGAAAUCGUAUAGCUGUGAUCAAUGUGGGAAGAGUUUUACUCAGCUAAGCGGUCUGAUAUACCACCAGAGAACACACACAGGAGAGAAAUCUUAUAGUUGUACUCAAUGUGGGAAAAGUUUUACUCAUUCAACCGACCUGAUAUCACACCAGAGAACACAUACAGGAGAGAAACCUUAUAGCUGUGAUCAAUGUGGGAAGAGUUUUAGUCAGCUAAGAAAUCUGACUCUACACCAGAGAACACACACAGGAGAGAAAUCUUAUAGCUGUGAUCAAUGUGGGAACUUUUUUUUAACAUCUGGCCAUCUGAAGAUACACCAGAGAGCACACACAGGAGAAAAACCUUUUUGCUGUACUCAAUGUGGGAAGAGUUUUGUUCAAUCUGGCGAUCUGACCGUACACCAGAGAACACACACAGGGGAGAAACCUUAUAGCUGUGAUCAAUGUGGGAAGAGUUUUACUAAAUCCAGCCAUCUGAUUGUUCACCAAAGAACACACACAGGAGAAAAACCUUUUAGCUGUACUCAAUGUGGGAAGAGUUUUGUUUCAUCUAGCGGGCUGACAGUACACCAGAGAACACACACAGGAGAGAAAUCUUAUAGCUGUGACCAGAGAUAAUCUGAUAAAAGAUCUCUGAUCAAAUAUUAGAAAAUACAUACAUGAAGGAAUUGUUUCAUGAUAUCGAUGAAUUAAUGUUACAAUGUAGAACCCUAAACGUUUGUCCUCUGUUCUAUUGAUUUCAACAUGAUAUAGAUAUUAGCCUCAGGGGGAAAAUCCAGGCUCUGAAUUGGAAGAGUACUAUUUAUGACAUUUAACAGAAAGUGACUAACAAAAAAGAGUUGUUACACUUACCAUGUUGGUGACCCACUUGAAUCAAAAUGCAACACUUCAAAAUGUAGCUAGCUGUUUUCUACAAAUUGUCCUCUAACCAGUGAUGUACACACUAUUCCCAGAUUCCGUGUGGUUUUUGAGCUGUUAGUUUUAACAGGACGUGCAACCCCAUCUCCCUCCUGUCACACAAAUGAUUUUGAAAUUAUAUUUCCAUAAAAGAUAUCUCCAAUUUCCAUGUUUUUUGUUGUGUUAGUUUCAACAGCACGUACAAACUGAUUUCCCUCCUUAUUGAUAUCAGUGAUUUAUUGCUACUUGUCAAAACAACAGCGUUUCUGGUGGUGGUGUGUCCAGUUCUAGAAGCGAGUGAGUUUUAGGAAGACGAGAGUUCUAGAAGCUAGUGGGAAAAAAAUAAGAGUUUAUUUUCCUAUUUUUAAUUGUUGACAGGCAGUAGACACCAUGUUUAUAUUGGUGAAUUGUAGUUGAUAAUAAUGUGAAAUGGAAAUUGUUUUCUGUUGGUGGUGUGCAACUUGUCCAACAAAAGUAUGCGAUAUAUUUGUUGUCUUAAGGGGGAAGGUGUUACAGGCUUUGGACUUUGGCAUGUAUAGCUCGUUAGCACGUAGGGCGCACAGAUUGGUGUCACCUCGUUAGUCAGUAUGUGUUACACCUGUGCUGGCUUGUCCAUCUCGUUAGUGGGAAGGUGUUUCACCUGAGCUGGUUCAGGUUCUAUAUAAGCGUGUCUGGCCCAGUGCUCCAGUUGUCUUGAUAGAUGUGGAGAGUCAACACCUUUACUUGCGCCACAUUUUUGGUUUGCUUCCUGUCUUUAAGUUUGGUGUGGGUUUUUCUUUUAUUUUCCUCUUCUUGGUUAGAUUUAGUGGGUCUCAUGGUGGGUGUCUUUUAUGUCCCAGUUGAUGUUACUUGUCAACUUUCAGUGUACAACCCCAUAGUGUCUUUCAGAACCACUCCUAAAAAACAGCUUAUAUUUUGGGUUGGAUAUUGCAUUCUAUUAAUAUUUCAAUCAAUGGCAUUUCCUUUCAAUGCUCAUUAGUCUUUCAGUUGUUAUUCUGUUAUUUAUCCUCUUAUGUUUGUCUACGAAAUAUUUGUUUAUUUUCAAAAAAAAUUUCUUUUUUUAUCUGAAGCCAUUGUGUUGCAUCAUGUCUGAAAUGUGCUGUAUAAAUAAAGCUUGAUUUGAACAUAUUGCAAAAUAAAUUAACCCAAUGACUGACCAA